ACAGUUCUAGUGUUAUUUUUAUGUAUGUGAAAUAGAGAGAUCAGAGACCUGCUGGUUGCUAUGAGCGAGAAACGAAAGAGUAAAAGAGUAAAAGUGUAGAGUAAACGGUGCGAGAUCUGCACAAGGAAGAAGAGAGAAAGAGAGGGAGAUGGGUUGGGGUUGGGGAAUAUGGGAGGGAGUGGUAGCGCUGGGAUCUCUGGGGCUGCUGGGUUGGACCGGUCUGUGGUUCUUGAACCGGAGGCUGUACAAAGAGUACGAAGAGAAGAGGGUCUUAGUCCAGAUCAUUUUCAGCGUCGUCUUCGCCUUCUCUUGUAAUCUGCUGCAGCUCGUCCUCUUCGAGAUCAUCCCCCUUCUCUCCCAGAGGGCCCGAUGGCUCAACUGGAAGCUCGAUUUGUUUUGCCUCAUACUCUUACUGGUUUUCCUGCUGCCUUACUACCACUGUUUUCUCAUGCUUCGCAACAAUGGACUCCGGAAAGAGCGCGCCGCUUUUGGAUCCGCCCUGUUCCUCCUGGCUUUCCUCUACGCUUUCUGGCGCAUGGGAAUUCACUUCCCUAUGCCUUCCCCUGACAAAGGCUUCUUCACAAUGCCUCAACUCGUCAGUCGCAUUGGUGUCAUUGGCGUUACCGUCAUGGCCGUCUUGUCUGGCUUUGGAGCUGUCAAUCUCCCCUACAGUUACUUAUCUCUCUUCAUCAGAGAGAUUGACGAUUCCGAGAUCAAGUCCUUGGAAAGACAGCUCAUGCAAUCCAUCGAGAGUUGUAUUACUAAGAAAAAGAAGAUCAUUCUUUCUCAGAUGGAGAUGGAAAGGAUUCAAGGAUCCCAAGAGAAAUUAAAGUCUAGAUCUUUCUUCAAAAGAAUUGUUGGCACUGUUGUGCGAUCUGUGCAAGAGGAUCAGAAGGAGCAAGACAUGGAAGCAGAAGUGCAAUCAUUAGAAGAGCUUUCGAAGCAGCUAUUCCUGGAAAUAUACGAACUUCGUCAAGCAAAGGAGGCUGCGGCUUAUUCUCGUACCUGGAGAGGUCAUAUGCAGAAUCUACUUGGCUAUGCAUGUUCAAUCUACUGUGUUUAUAAAAUGAUUAAGUCUCUGCAAAGUGUUGUUUUCAAGGAGGCUGGCUCUGUCGAUCCUGUAACGAUGACGAUUAGCAUAUUUCUGCAGUUUUUUGACAUUGGCAUCAAUGCAGCGUUAUUGUCACAGUAUAUAUCACUCUUGUUCAUUGGAAUGUUGAUUGUCAUAUCAGUACGGGGAUUCUUGACAAAUUUGAUGAAGUUCUUUUUUGCAGUUUCCAGAGUUGGAAGUGGAUCUUCUAGCAAUGUCGUACUGUUUCUGUCAGAAAUUAUGGGAAUGUACUUUGUGUCUUCUAUUCUUUUGAUCAGAAAAAGCUUGGCAACUGAGUACAGGAUGAUCAUAACAGAUGUUUUGGGUGGAGAUAUUCAGUUUGACUUCUAUCACCGUUGGUUUGAUGCUAUAUUUGUGGCCAGUGCUUUCCUUUCUCUGCUGUUGCUUUCUGCACAUUAUACAUCUCGGCAAGCUGACAAACACCCAAUCGAUUAAUGUGAUUUAAUGCCAAGUACAGGCAUUAGCAGUGGUGAACUUCCACGGCGGUUGGUUGCGCUCGUUACCGGAAGACUUCUACAGUGGUAUAGAAACACACAGGACAAUGCAGCCUUGCUGGCUAACAAAACCUGAAUUGCUUUUAUUAUGCAUAAAUGUUGGAGGUCGAAGACUGGGAGAAAUGUGGUGUUAAAUCUGCAAACCAUAAAAUGUGGCUCAUCAAGACUCAAGUGUGCGUACAGGAAUUAGUAGGUGUAUGUGUAUCUAACCAGAUAUUCCUAAACUUGUAAUUUUGACAAAGAAAGAAACCAAAGUACAAGGGAAAAGAGUUUGCUUGCCAUGAUUCUAAGCC